AUGUUUCGUACUCUAAAAUUUCUUCGAUCAAAUGGUACUAAGAGAUCUUUUAAAGCUUUACCUUUAUCCCGACAAAGAUUUUUCAGUAUAACCUCAGGUUUAAGGCACGGAGAAUAUGAGUGGCAAGAUCCAAAAUCGGAGGACGAAGUAGUUAAUGUUGUAUAUAUUGAUAAGGAUGGAAAGAAAACAAAUGUGAGAGGGAAAAUUGGAGACAAUGUGCUAUAUCUAGCACAUAGAUAUGGAAUUGAAAUGGAAGGUGCUUGUGAGGCAUCGCUAGCAUGUACAACAUGUCAUGUGUAUGUACACGAGAAAUAUUUAGAUACACUACCAGAACCUGAAGAAAAAGAAGAUGAUUUAUUAGAUAUGGCGCCAUUUUUAAAGGAAAAUUCACGACUAGGUUGUCAAAUUGUUUUGACAAAAGAAAUGGAGGGAAUGGAAUUGAAAUUACCAAAAGCAACUAGAAAUUUCUAUGUAGAUGGCCACAAGCCUACACCACAUUAA